AACAAGUUUCUCAGGAAUGGCUCGCAGUUACCAGGCCAUCGGUAGAGCUCUUUCAUCGGAGGAGGGUGAUGAACAUCCCAAGCUUUGGGCUACCAAUGGAGAUAGCGAAGCAUCAACCAGUAAAACUAUCACAUUUGAAAAAGAAGUUGACGAGUCUAGUAACUGGAUGGAGGGACUGCCGCACGAUGUCACAGUGGCGAUACUACAAAAGGUUGGGGUCAUUGAUAUACUGGAGAAUGUUCAGCAUGUGUGCCCCUCGUGGCAUGAAAUCUGCCAAGACCCUGCAUUGUGGCGGUCCAUUGACAUGUCCAACAUCAACCAUUCCUAUACUUCAUAUGAAAUGUUCGAGAUAAUCAAGCAAGCAAUUGAUCGAAGUUGUGGCCAGUUGAUCGAUCUCAACCUCGAGUAUUACUGCAAUGACGAUAUCCUCAAAUACAUUACUGACAGGAAAAAUCAGGUGAGACGUCUUAAACUUGUUACGUGUCGGGACAUUACAAAUUACGGAUUAAGUGAAGCUGCUAAAAUGAUGCCAUCCAUGGAAGAACUCCAUCUUCAUUCGGUUAGAAUCACAGAAGUAGGUCUUGAAAAUGUUGGGCGCAGCUGCCCUGGUCUGAAGUCACUCACACAUAAUCGAUUUAGUGCACUCAUCAAUGUGGAUGAUCCAAAUUCCGAAGCACUUGCUAUCUCAAGAACUAUGCCUCAGUUGCGUCACCUUAGCCUUGUUGGGAAUUCCAUGACGAACACAGGUCUGCAAGCCAUUCUAGAUGCUUGCCCUCAUCUUGAAUCACUUGAUCUUAGGAGGUGUAAUUGUGUUGACCUUUCUGGUGAGCUGGGUAAAAAAUGUUCUUCUUUAAAGACAUUCCACCACCCCAAUGAGUUUAUUGUUGAUUAUGACUCUGAAAAAUUCUACUACUACUACAACUCAGAUGAAGAUUAUGAUGAUUACAACUACAACUCCGGUGACUAUGAGAAUUUUAUUGAAUACUCUGAUUAA